AUGCUGGUGUCCGGAGAGAUUACCAAUUGCCUUAAGCCCAUCUGGACGGACAUUGUCGAGAUCUAUCGCCGCGUUGAAAUCGAUCAACAAACCCUUGGGAUUGUCUGGGCUUUGUUGCGCGGCGAUGAUUUAAUUAUCGAACGCAAUAUCGCGAUUGAGGAUCCUCGCGUUUACGUAGAGAGAUUGAAGGGCCUUGACAAGGUCGCACAAAACCUCUACAAGUUCGAGAAUCGACAUGAACUCUCGGAUGGGACAGCCCAGAGGGGUGGUUGCGACGAAUUUGAAUGUCCGUUGACAAAUCUGUGA